CGAUCAUCAAACAUGAUUUUCCUCUUGCAAUAAGCAAUCUUGGCGGAUUAUGAAACUGAAGGUGGGUGAAAGGGGAGAUUGGAUCAAAAGCUCUGAAAAAUUUUCUUCCUUUUUUCUUCCUUUUACUUUUUUCUUUUUAAAAAUAUAUAUAUAAUAUGCCACCCAAACAGAAACCAUAUAAUAAAAAGACCAAACCUUUAACAUCUUUGGAACGUCGAGCCAAAAAAAAGAAACAAGAAUUAAUCCAAAAGGCGACUGUGAAGAGUCAAUACUACAAAGCUUUAGCAAAAGAACAUGCCGAUGAUACACCUGACUAUGUCAAAGAAAUCUUUGAAAAAACGAUCGAUGAAGAUGGAAACGUAGUGGAAUAUCAAUCUGGGACUACGAAACGGAAAAGAGAGGAAAUUGAUAGUGACAAAGUAUUUGAUUUGGAUCAGGAAGAAUCAUCAUCAGACGAGAGUGAUGGAAGUGAUCAAGAUCAAAAGACGAAGAAAUCAACCAAGGAUACCACAAAGUCACAUAAGCCAAACCCAUUCAAAACACAACUUGAAGAACAACAAAAGAAAAAACAACUGAAUCAACAAGAACGUGAAGCUCGACAAAAGGAAAUCGAACAAAAGAUGAGCGAACGCAAACGAUAUUAUCAACAACGGAAUAAACAACGGGGCAAGAUGUUGGCCAAGAACAAGAAUGGUCAACCCAAUUUGGCCACUCAAAUGGAAAUAUUGAUUGGACGUAUUAAGAAGGACUAGCAUCAUUCAUCGUUUAUUUUUGUAAUUUACUUCAUUUCACCUCUAUAGAAUCAUCAUCAUUCAUUUCAAUAUUUUGUAAUAAAAAAAAAAUACUCU